GGUGACGAUGAUCGGUACCUUUAUGGCAGUGAGAGAGGAAAUAUGCCUGGGCAUGUAGGUUCUCCCGGUCGAACCGGUCCAGAGAAAUGUUGGGAUACUCCUUCAUUCGACCCGCGAACGAACUCAUCUUUGGGCCGAACUUUCUCCACAACAGCAUCCGAGUCACCGGCAGGUGAAGCUCGGCGCCCACCUGUGAUGUCUCACUGACCCCGCCCACUCAGCAGCUGGAGGCGAGCAUGCUGCAUCAGCACAGCGUUUCCUGUAGGCAGCGCUGCUGAGGUGAGACGGGUCGGCGGCCACCAUGGAGGAGUUCUCCACCAGAACCUACGGCACCAGCGGCCUGGACAACAGACCUUUGUUUGGAGAGACGUCGGCUCGGGACCGAAUCAUCAACGUGGUGGUGGGCGGAGUCACGUUUGUCGUGGUUCUGGUGACCGUGAUCGGGUCGUUCGUCUUCUCGCUGCCUCCGCGGCCGCUCAACAUCUUCUUUGCUGUUUGCAUCCUGUUAGCAUGUGGCUCCACUGUAGUGCUGAUAUUCUGGUACCGGCAGGGCGACCUGGAGCCGAAGUUCAGGAACCUGAUCUACUACAUGCUGGCGACCAUCGUGCUGCUGUGUUUAUGUGCAAACCUGUACUUCUUCGACGCCGGGUAGAGACGGAGACGACGCGGCUGUGACUGACCGAGGUCCACCAGUGAACAGCGAAAGACUCGCACCAUCAGGAAGACAAACAAACAUUUAACACGUUCAUUCGGAUCUCCAGAGGAGCAAAAGGCAGGGCAGCAUACUGGUUCCAGUGGGAGGACUGGGAGUGAUGUCAUAAAUCAGCCUGGAGGACCAAAGCUAACAGAAACAGGCUUGUUUACAUGCAAAUAAACAACCUCAAGCUUGCUUGGGAAUAAGCCGAUGUAAAAGGUCUGACCUUUGACCCAGUCAUGUGGGUAAACUUCACAGUUUGGAUAUUUUUAAACAGGCAGAGAAAACGGCCCAAAUCCAUUAACGAGUCCCUCAGAUUGGUUAAACCGACCCAGGAGGCGAGUCAGACGUUCAUCUGCCGCUAAACCGACCCGCGCCCACGGGGUGGGGGUGCUGGAGAGGAAAUCACGGUGCAGAACCGGUGACGGUCGGGUUCAGUCCAACUGAACGGCCAUCUUUAAAGCAGAACACCAGAUGCUUCAUUCUGUGUAAAACCUAUAAAUCUCACCUGAACAGCCUCCGUUCAGAGAAAUGGAAACACCCUCACGACGGAGCGAUCCUGCACGUUUGAGGUUUCCUUUCUUCAGCACACCUGAUCGAUGAUUCCUGUUAACCACCUGUUGAUUUAAAUCGGUGUGAUGGAGCAGAGAAACACGUGAAGCCUGCAGAACGGAGGUCCUCCGGAACCAGAACCUCUGAGAUAACUAGUGUGUUGCUGUGGCUGAAACGUCCCAGCAGGUCAUGUGACGUUAGCUCAUAAACCUGUACAUCUUGGCUGAGCUCAGACUAGCCGUUAGCUCGUCAGUCCUGAAGGACAACAGAGGCUGUUCAGGAAGCUGUUGAGGAUGAGAGGAAAUAUUUAGAACCUGUAAACUUCAGAGUAGCGGUCAUGUCUCCAGAAGUGAGGAUUAGAGAGUCAACGAGGUGAGUUUAGGUUACAAUCUGAGUUUGAGUUGUGUGUUAAUGAUUUAUUCAUCUGCUUUAACUAUAAUCGGAUUCCUGAGCUGGUUAAUCCAGAGAUGAAGUUAACCACGAAGAGCCAAAAUUACGACACACCUUCCAGCCAACGAGUGCGCGUGGGUUAAUUCUGGCCUCUGAUUGGUCGCUCGUAACACCACAAUAUUCAUUUUUCUUCAUUUUCUAAUAAAACUUAUUGAAAUUGG